ACGCGUGCGUCGCAUAUUGUUUGUAUCACCAUUCACUCACACUGUGACGCCGCGUUGAACGUGGAAGUUGUGUGCGAUGUUGUAAAGUUUUGUUUUUUUUCGUAUACAGUCGACUACUUGCUCCUAAGCCCACCGUUUACCUGCAAGUGUUAUGACUUUUGUUAAUAAGUGUGAUCGUAUUAUUGUUUCUCUUACAAAGUUUGGUUGUAUGUAAAAGUUACUUAUUAGAUAUUACGUCUAGUGAAAUCUGUCGAGUGAGGUCCAGAUGUUAAAGCAAACGGCAAUAACCUCGUUUUGUGUCAACAAAUAAUAAUAAACAGUGAUCGGGACAAGUUACACUGUGUUCGGAACAAAAAGUGUUGAAUUAAAAGAUGUUCUAAACUGGAAAUCCAGGACGAGAAUGGGUUUCGUCCGCCUGUAUUGGAACGUUAAUAUUGUUACGACUUCACCUACAUAACAUUUAUGAUCAGCAAUAAUCAUCGAGAAUGAUGUGGUCAGUGUACAAAGUAGCUGCACUAAUACUGCUCAGUGCACUCAGCAAAGGACAACUGCCAGAAGAUGACUUCAGGAUAAUCAACAGACAAGAUCUUUUGACGACGGAUCACAGCGACGUGUUCGAGGAUAGUAGUUCUAGUUCAUUUUCGCAAUUGCUGUUCGAUGUCGCAAGGGACCAAGUUAUAGUGGGCGCAAGGGAUGCUCUCUACCGAUUAUCUCUUCGAGGCCUUGGAGUGUUGGAACGAGCUGACUGGCUGGCUCCCUCCAGUAAGAUAAAGCUGUGUCAGAUGAAGGGACAAACUGAGGAGGAUUGCCACAAUUACAUCAAGGUCCUCCUGCUGCAUGGUCAUAAGCUGUUCGCUUGUGGAACACACGCGUUUAGUCCUGUCUGCAGCUGGCGUGAGAUCGAGUCAAUAAAAACAGUGACGGAAUGGGCGACUGGAGUAGCGAGCUGCCCGUACAACCCUCAUUCCAAUGUGACUGCGAUACUGGCUUCCAACGGGGAGUACUAUGCUGGAACCCCCACCGACUUCGCUAGUUCUGACACCGCUAUAUGCAGGAGCCAGGGAGCAGCCAGCCACGACUCGGGCAUGCUGCGCACUACCCAGUACGACCUGAACUGGCUGAACGAGCCACAGUUCGUGGGCAGCUUCGAAGACGACCAGUUCGUGUACUUCGUGUUCAGAGAAGUCGCUGUGGAGUUCAUGAAUUGUGGGAAGAUAAUCUACUCCCGUAUCGCCAGAGUGUGUAAGAACGAUCCAGGUGGCUACUUGGUGAUGAAGGACAGUUGGAGCACGUUCCUCAAGGCUCGGCUGAAGUGCUCAGUGCCUGGAGACGUUCCCUUCAACUAUGAUGAGGUGCAGAGUGUGGAGUACUUGCCGCAGGAGAAGAUACUCGUUGCUACGUUCACUACACCUACGAACAGUAUAGUCGGCAGUGCAGUAUGUGUGUACAGUAUGUCGGACAUCACCGCGGCGUUCGAAGGUCCGUACAAGGUACAGGACAGACCCACUUCCACAUGGGAACCACGGUCGCCUUCUAAACAGGCUAGAGACCAUUUCAAAUGUGUGCCGGAUUCUAGAAUAAACGAAGCCAUAGAAUACCACCGCUACCACCUAAUGUAUGAAGCAGUCCAACCAGUCUCAGGAGAACCAAUCUUCAAGCUAACGUCAGAAAGAUUCACCCAUCUCACCGUUGACGUCACGAGUGCAAAGAAUAUUGAAAAGCAAUUGGUACUCUAUGUGGCGACUCAGGAGUCUAACGUGCUGAAGUUGGCUGUACUGCCGAAGUUGGAUGGCGCGUGUUUGGUUGAGAGGUGGAACCUUAAUAACAAGAAUAAUAGCUUUGAGGUUCUCACCAUGCAGUUCGUUAAGGAUACUAUGUCAAUCUACAUAGGCGGUAGAUCAGGUAUAUACCGCAUCUCAGGGGCACGUUGCACCCGCUACACGAGUAGGUCAGGCUGUGUGCUGGCCGGGGACCCGCACUGUGGCUGGGACGACGCGCGCGAGAUCUGUGUCGCGGCCGCAGGGAGGAUUGGGGACCCUGCCUUCAAACAGGAUACUAGCGCUUGUCCAGCUAUUGAUGCUCCAGUGGACGGUGGUUGGUCGAGCUGGUCGCAGUGGGAGCCGUGCAUGCAGGACGGCACGUCGCAGUCGCUGUACGACGACAACAAGCCAGACAUGUGCCACUGUCGGACCAGGCGCUGUGACAACCCUAGACCGGCCUACGGCGGACAAGCCUGUGAUGGCGCCAGUAUAUCAGUGACAAACUGCACCGUCCACGGCGGGUGGUCGAGUUGGUCGGGUUGGUCGAAGUGCUCGGCGUCGUGUGGCAUCGCCAUCAAGUCCCGGCGCCGCACGUGUACGUCGCCAGAACCUAAGUUUGGAGGCAGAGUCUGUGUCGGACUCGAUAUUGAUGAUGUCUACUGCAAUCUGCCACCCUGUCCUGACCCAAAUCUCGCAGCCGUAGAUGGUGGCUGGUCAGACUGGGGUCCUUGGUCUACUUGUACAGCAUCGGGUGGUCCUGGAUGUGGUCCCUCUGGAGGGUGGAAGGAAAGACACAGGGAGUGUAACAACCCCACACCUAAAAACGGAGGAUCUGACUGUGAGGGACUGACUACUGAGAGACAAGCCUGUGAUAUGGCACCCUGUGAGGUCAGGAAGGCCACUGCAUGGACACCUUGGGUCCAGAUACCUGGCAAUGGAUCAGAUGGAAGUUACACAGAAAAGAGAUUCAAGUUCCAAUGCAGAGCUCCAUCUCCCGAGCAACUGAAGCUCUCAAUGGUCCGCGAAGACGAACGCUACUGUAACUCCCGCGGCCGCUGUAGUAGUGAGCCUAUAUCUGACAACGAGGUCGGCUGGGAGGCCUGGGGGGCCUGGGAGGCAUGCUCCGUCUCCUGCGGAGGGGGGCAUCAGAGGAGGACUAGGAGGUGUCUCAAACAUGGACAGUGUCACGGACCUAGUGAGAUGCUGCAGGCUUGUAAUAAGCUGGCUUGUACCGGAGAGUGGUCAUGUUGGAGUGAGUGGAGCGAGUGUCGCGGCGAGUGCGCGGCGGACGCCAGUAGCGCGGCGGGCCACCGCACGCGCGCGCGCUCGUGUCUGUCGCCCGAGGGCUGCGCCGGGGACGGGGACGAGUGGGCCGCGCUGGAACGACGCGUCUGUGUCAAGAAUUGUGCAGGCUCAGAAGCGGGCUGGGGUGAAUGGGGACCUUGGGGAGACUGUACAGGCGGGGAGCGGAUCAGAAAGCGAGCAUGUCUGGCCGGGGCAUGUCUAGGGGCACAGCUGCAGGUCGCUAGGUGCUCUGAUGAUAACCAGGAUAUUGACAAUGAACUGUACGCGAUGCCAGCUUACAGCCAAAACGUAGAGAUGGCCUCAUUCGUCACUAUGGGCAACAAUGAGACUCUCAGUAUUGGCAGUAUCAUAGGCUGCGUCGUUGGAGCCUUUGCCAUGGGUUGUCUAGUCUGCCUGGCGGGUGUAAUAUUCUGUCAGCGGCGCGGCACUAGGAUGCCGUGGAACAAGCAACACCGCGUGCCUUCCAGCCCGCACUAUAUUACUGCCAAACAAAACAGCUACGUCACUGUGCCGCUCAAAGAAGUACCGCGGAAAGCGAAACGACAACCAUCUUUUACGGGCAUCGGCAGUACUAGUGGUCUCCUGUUAUCGAAAAGCAACAACAUAUCAAACGCGAACAACCACAACACAGCGGCUACGACUCCCAAACUCUACCCGAAAGCCAUCGCGAACGAGUACGAUUCCCUCGGCACUUUACGAAGACAUUCGAACCAACCAAACAACAAAAACAACUUAGAUAUCGAAGAAGACAAGUUUUAUUGAACAAAGGUAUGGAUUUUUCAACUUUAAUUUGAAAGUAAUAGAGCUCUUUUCAGUAUGAUGAAGAAUAGUUUAACAACGUUGUCGAAGGAAUUUCAACUUUAACCUGAAGUGAACAGAGCUCAUUUUCCCAUGAUGUUGUUUUUGUUCAUCGUUGCAGCACUGAUUAAAGCUUACGACUUGUACUUGUGAUACAGUAAUUUCAACUUCAAACUUCAAGAAACAAAGCUCAUUUUGCAAUGACGCAUCAGUGAGAUGCUUGACUAGAAAAGACAAGGAGUUUUGAACUUUAUAGUGAUGUUAAUAAGGUUGGAUAUACUUUAUUAAUUAAUUCGAAGAGGCUGGUGUUAGUGCGGUUGUGUUUAAAGCCUGUGAUAGAAUAAAUGGUGUUUGAAAUAAAAGUAGGUAUGGACAAGAAAAAAACUAUUUUUUGAAUAAAUGGCGACUAUUUUGGUUCUUGUUUGUGUAGAAUAAAGAGUGUUUUACGAACUGCCAAUAGUAUAUAAAUACGUGCUAAUAUUUUUAUGUUGACUCAGUUUACAUGCGCAUGCGCAAAGUUAAUCACCCAGUUUGAUGAAAGCACAUUGAAUUACUUAUAAAUUUCUUUUAUUGCAUUUUUUUAAUAUCUGAUAUUUAAGUGUAUUUCAAUGUGUUUGUGUGUGUACUUAAUAUUAUACUUAUUUCAUUAUAUUGCCCAAACUAUAGUUCCUCGCCGAUUUAAUGGAAUCUCUUCAUGAAAAAGUAGUUUUCAGUUAUUAUAAAGUUAUUCCUAUAAUGAAAUGCGUGUAUUGGAUCCCUCCAAAUUAUUUUGUAAUUAUUGUUUAUAGAAAUGAAAUGAAUUUUUAAGACAUGUAUAGUUUCGUACUAUUCAUUUGUUAAAAUAAUAAUUUGUAUUAUAUUUUUCGUGAUAUCUAUAAUUUCGUUGCAGCUGUCAUUUAAAAAUGUUGCCAGAAUGUAUAAUGAAUUUUAAUUUUGCAUUUUAUUCCGUUUAUUGUUAUAUUUUCUAUAUUUUAUAUUAAAGUAUUAUAUUUUAUUCAAAGGUUUUGACAAACUGUUAAAAAUGUUGAACAUUUUUGACAACAAACUCGAGUAUGAGUGUGUAUUAAAUGACUAUUUAAUCUGUGGUUAAUAUUUCCGUUGUUGUGAUUGGCUGGAAGAGCUAUGUGACGUUUACCCACAGAUUAAAAAGAAUAGAAGUUUAAAAGGCCACAUUAUUUGUAUUUUGUAAAAAGAAAUGUUAGUUUAUUUAGUUAUUUUUUUUAAAUUAUAGGCUGUAGGUAACGAAUCCAGUGCCAUGCUACUAAAACAUGUAAAAAUAAUUAAAUCCCAGUAUAUUUUAGUUUUAAUAAAAGGAGUUUGUACGACAAAACAAAAGUUUGUGCCAUGUAAAUAAGUAGAUAGUAAUAUUAAUUGAAUUGUAAAUAUAAUGUAGUUUUAUAAUUAAGAAAAUUUUAUAUAUUAAGCAGUACAAAUAGCGGUGCCUUCACACAAUAUUUUACAUAGAAAAAGUAUACAGAUUGCAUAUUUACACUAUAUUUCAAAUAGAUAACUAUUUACUACGUAAAAUAAUUAUAUUUUUAUCACAGAAACAUGUGUAGGUAACGU